CGGACAAGGGAGAGCGGCAUCCCAAUGCCCGAGCUCGCUCCCACAGGCGCCCGCAAACCACCGAGCGUCGAGGCGGGGACUCCCCGGAGCUCCGCCCCAGAAGCAGCUGCCGGUUGUUGCCUGGGCAGCUCCGCCUCUGGAUUGAAGGAGGGACUCGGGUGGGCCUGGUCCUCAUUCCCUUCUGCCCGGGAUCUUCCCGGCAUGAACAAGUCGGAGAUGGCGGACGAGGCGCUCUUCCUGCUGCUGCACAACGAGAUGGUGUCCGGGCUGUACCGCGCCGCCGAGCAGGGCGAUGGGGUGAGCGGGGGUUGCUCUGGCGGCUCCGGGGAGGCAUCCCGGCGCUUCCCCGUCGAAGGGAAGGGAGAGAGGCGGAGCCCGGGGGACGGCGCAGCCGGCGCUGUGGCCCGAGGAGGGUCCCUUUUUUAUAUUCCUUUUUUUAAACGAAGCUUUCCUAAAUCUGGAAUGCCUUCUCCUACCCAAAGCCUCAUAAUGGAGUCUCUGGUUUCGAAAUCUCUUCUCCUUAAAGCGCUGUGGUGGUUUGAGGGCCUGGCCAAGGGCUUCUGGCGUCUGAACAGAUUAAUCCGUGUUCAGUAUCCAGGUUUGGGGCUGGUUAUGGGCGAGUCCAGUGAUGAACAUGAACAGACUGCCCGAGAGAAAUGUGAUAAGCAUCACAUACAGUAUGUACCAAGUAAACUAGGGAUGAUCUAAAUUAAAAAUGUUUAUUACAUUCCCUCUGACCCACUAAUACAGGGGUCAGCAAACUUUUUCAGCAGGGGGCCGGUCCACUGUCCCUCAGACCUUGUGGGGGGCUGGACUAUAUUUUGAAAGAAAAAAAUGAACGAAUUCCUAUGCCCCACAAAUAACCCAGAGAUGCAUUUUAAUAAAAGAACGCAUUCUAUUCAUGUAAAAACACGCUGAUUCCCGGAUCAUCCACGGGCUGGAUUUAGAAGGCGAUUGGGCCGGAUCCGGCCCCUGGGCCUUAGACCCAUGCACUAAUACAAUGGGUUUCCCCCCCUGCAACAGCAUGCUUUGUGUUUGCAUAUAACUUUUUAAAAUGCUUCAGAAAUUCCUGUCAUCUUUAGUGUAACGUGUCCUUAAAUUUAGAAACAGCAUAGGCGUUUUAAAAUGGGCAGGAUUAGGACGACACAACAUUAUCCAUAAUUCAGUUAGGACAGACUGUUUGCAAUUAAAUUAGUGUGUUUAUUAAGCACACCUGGAGUCUGAAUUCAGCAGUACUUGUAGUGGGAUGAAACCCUGACUACUGUCUUUUUUUAUUCCACUUCAAGUACUUCAGAUUAUAAAAUUACAAAGAGUGUCUCAAAGUGUAUGUUUGUAGGACCCAGCUUAUUUUUAUGGUUGUAAGUUGUUUUAAAGUGUUUUUCAUAUUGUGUUUUAAUGCUGUAACCUGCCCCGAGACCUUAGAGUGAAGGGUGGGAAAUAGAUGAAUGACUGACUAGGGGUUUCUGUAAGAAUUCCUGCUCUAUGAUUGCAGACAUGGUGUUGUUGUCUAUGACAUGACGGUAUAUGUUUUGACUCCACAGAGUGGGAAGUGAAGGAAACAGGAUGUUUGUGUUACUGUGUUCUUUGAAGUUGGACUAUUGUCCUUUGUUCUUUUUCUCUUUGCUGUCUGAUGCUAGAGAGAGAGGGAGCCAUGUUGCAGUGCUCCAUGUGUGUUUAUAUGUAAAUAAAGUAGAUUAGCCAAAAUGCUGAGUUGCUGUGGUCUGUCGCGCAAGGUGCACGAACUCUACAGAUCCCUAAGUGUGCUGGUGUCGGUUGGCAUCGGUCGCUGUGAUGUUUGGGCUGAAAAAAGCUUAUGAAGCUCCCGAACGAUGGACCAGGAGGGAGGGAAGAUGCCAGUCGGGCAUGUGUCUCUGCCAGAGUCCUACUCGAGUGUAGGCUGAGCUCCUGACAGCCUCUGUUGCUUCAGACAUCGGUCAGAAAUUGGUCCUACUGCAAUGCAAGGAACUUACUACAUAUAUAUAUAUACACACCGUAUAUAAAACAAUAUCUAAAAAGCCCAGAAACCAGGCCUACUGGUUUCACUGGGGCCUUCUGAUUGCAGCCUAACUAAACAAAUUAGCUUUUGGUUUUGUUCAAUUAGGAUCCUCCAUUUGCAUUUGGUGUACAUUCUUACAGUCACAUAGCCUUGUGUAUUUGUUUUACCAAACAAUUCAUUGUUUUCUAAGUUUUCAUGCUAUAAUAAAUAUAUUGACUCUCUUCCCUUCUAGUGGCAGACUACCAAUAAUAAUCAAAAUUUGGGGGUUGGGUUUUUGAACACAGACACACACACCCCCGCGCAUUUACGCAGGGGUUAUGUUCCGAGCGUGCAUCAGUGAAAUUGUGUAUAUUUGAAACGCCAUUGAAGAAGCCUGCAAACACCCUACCCCUUUAUGUGACUUUUUGUGAUGUUUUCGGGUCACUUCCUGGUUCAGCAUGAUGCACACAUGUGUGGUUGCGCGCACAUUGAAUGCGCAUAAAUACGGGGUUGCCUGUAAUUCCAUUUCUGUCCCCAGGGGUAAACAUUAAUGUGACUCUUUAAUAUAUGGUAUUCCAGUGCUUUGGUAUUCCAGUGCUUUGGUAUUCCAGUGCUUUGGAAAGACCUUUCUUCUGUGAUGUUAAAACAGGAGUGGGCAGAUCUCAGGACUGCCAAACUGUUUAUCAGGAGUUGAAAAGAGAAAAACAAACAUGUUUCUGCCUGUUGCUGCAAAUUCACAAUUCUAUGUUGAGUGUCACAACCAACUGCCUUUUGAUUACAGGCAAGAGAAAAAUGUGGAAUAAGAAAACUUAAAAUAUAACUUUGAAAUAGAUUUACAUAAGUUAUUGCGGUUUGUGGGGUGUUCUUUGUACACCCCACAAGAUUGUACACAAUUUGUACACAAGAUUGCCUUUAUUAUAUGUUACAGGAAAAUGGACGAUGCAUCUCAAAACUGGAAAAUAUGGGUUUUCGAGUAGGACAGGGAUUAAUAGAAAGGUGAGUGACAUGUUUAGCUUCUCUCUUGACCCAUUAUUUUCCUUCAGAGUUGCAAAUAUUCCAGCAGGUUUCCUGAUGUCCUUAUAGCAUGUGUAAAUUCAGUAUAUAUCAUAAGACGCAGAAAUUCCCUAAGGGAUGUUGUUUUUAAAGAUGCCCCACACAAACUUUAGUGGCUGCAACGUGAUGGGAAAAUGAAGGGAAUUCAGUGGCGCUGCCUUGUACUAAGUGGAAGUGUUUUUUCUGCUUGUGCAAGACCUUUCUUGUGCCAAGAUUUGUAAUAAUUAUUUCUAGUUGUAGUUUCAAGUCAUGGUGGGGUGGAGGAAUUUGUUUUAUGGAUUGACCACCUUUUUGUCUAUAUUGUUUCUGUUUAUAACUUACAUUGGGUGUUGGGUUUUUAAUUUUUGGAAGUCACUUUGAAAUUUUUGUGGGAAGCUAGCUCAUAAAUUGAAUAAAUCGUUGGCAUAAUUGGAAACUAGAAAUCUGCCUUAUGUCAGGUCAGAUAACUUGUCCUUCUAGUCCAGUGUUGUGUACUCAGACCGGCAGUGACUUUUGGGGGCCUCAGGGUCAUUCUCAUCAUUUUUUACUUAAUCUGUUCUUUAAACCUCAGAUGCCAGGCACUGAAACUGGCACCUUUUAUUCAGCUAAUGACUUAUGCCCCCUCACCACAUCACGUGCAUGCAGCUAAUUAAAUGCCACUACUUUUAAUUGCUUUCUCUUAGGUUUACAAAAGAUACUGCCAGAUUCAAAGAUGAACUGGAUAUAAUGAAGUUUAUCUGCAAAGAUUUUUGGACUACUGUAUUCAAAAAGCAAAUUGAUAACCUCAGGACCAACCAUCAGGUAUUGUAAGAAACUGAACUUGUAGAGUUGCAUAUCAGUGCCAAGUGGGCGGAGAAGAAAUUAUACAUAAUUGUACAUUAUUGACAUUCAAAUACGUUAAUAUAAAUUUGGAUUCUGUCUGAAAUUAAAACAAUUGGGAUCAGCUCUGUCAGCACAAUUGCACAAUGAAGCAUUUGCUUGGAUUGUACUACAGUUGGGGCUGUAUGAUUAUAAAUAAGGCCUUCGUAUGUAGAAAGCAGUAAAAAGGUGAACAACCCUUAUUGGCACUCUAGUUUUCUUUCUGCAGGGUAUUUUCAUAUGUGAGAAUAUUCAAAUAGUAUUUUUCCACUUGCAGUUUAAAAUAAGCAAGGGAUCCAUCACAUUUUUUUCUGAUUCUAAUUAGGUUCUUAUUUCAGAAUAAUUUUGUUAGGGUCAUAUGCCAGCCACCUUGUGCUGUAAAGAGAAUUCCAUAAGGGUAACGUGUGUAGCUAAACAAUACAGAUUUAUUCUAUGGUGUUCCUUCAAUUUGGUUUUUGCUGUUUUUCUUGUUGUUAAUAUUGUACACUGUGUUAGGAAGAUUUUAUCUUGAAAAGCAGGAUUUGAAAGGAUGAAUGAAUAAUUAACAUAAUAAAACAAUCCAGCUAGUAACCAUAUUUGCAGAGACGUUAACUUCCUGGGGAGAAAGAUGUCCGCCAUUAACCUAGCCUUUCUUUCAAAGUGACUGGUUGGGAUGAUUGCAGUUUAAUUGACCAGACUGCAUUUGGUAGGAAAAUAACGUAUACUGCAUGUGUUUGCACGUACUUUGUAUAUUUUUCCAUGUAUAUUACCUAGCGGGGUUACAACAUUAAUAAAUGAUUCUUGCAUGAAUAGCCAAGGAAAAGGCAGGAUAUUACUAUAACUGUUAUUUAUUUUUUGCAGGGCAUCUAUGUACUACAGGACAACAAGUUCCGUCUUCUGACUCAGAUGUCUGCUGGAAAACAGUAUUUGGAGCAUGCUCCUAAGGCUUGUAUAAUUAACUAUAUCUUACGUAGUUCAUAAGAGCACCUUCAAAACCAAAUUUCUUCAUGGAGUUGCAAUACAGUGGUACCUCGGGAUGCGAACGGGAUCCGUUCCGGAGCCCCGAUCACAUCCUGAAUAGAAAGUAAGACGCUCGUGUGCGGGUCAUGUUUCGCUGCUUCUGCGCAUGCACGUGACAUCAUUUUGACCGUCUGCGCAUGCGCGAGCGGCGAAACCUGGAACUAAUGUGCUCCAUUACUUCCGGAUCGCCGCGGAGCGCAACGCGAAAAUAUUUAUCCUGAAGCAUAUUUCUCCCGAGGUAUGACUGUAUAUUCCUUACAUGUAUGGGGCAGGGGAGAGCAGCAGGAAUGGUCUUGCAAUGGUGUUAUCGUCUCCAUGCACUGGAUGUUCACAGUUGUGCUUUAUACUGUUUAUUCUGUGUUAAUGUGAAUUUUUGCAAGUUUGACAGAUAAACGUUGGAGGGGAAGCAAACUCUUUUAUAGCAGUAUUCUGUCAGUUGAUUGUAUUCUAGCUGUCAGAUCUACAUGUGCGCAUGCUAGUAUUAAAGAAGUAUCCUCAAGAUAGAUAGAUAGAUAGAUAGAUAGAUAGAUAGAUAGAUAUCACAUAUUACUGUGGGCCCUCUUUCCCCACUUCCUGCAUGGAAGUGUCUUCAAGCUGCUCUCGACAGGGUUAACACUCUCCUUAAAUAAUGAAAUUCAUACGUUGGAGGGUUGAUCCUGUUUUUUUUUCCCUGGAGGGAGAGCCAAGUGCCAAUAAUUAAUUAAUUAAUUAUUGUUAUUUAUACCCCAGCCACUCUGGGCGGCUUACAGCACACAAAAAUAUUGUAAAACAUUAGAUAUUUCCUGAUACAGGGUUGCCUUCAAAUGCCUCCAUGACAUUUUGCCCUUUCUACCAGUUACAACUGGCACACCAGUUGCACCCCUUCCUGGACGAAGAGACUGGCCACAGUUAUCCAUGUUCUGGGGAAACCCAGCCAGAUGGGCGGGGUAUAAAUAAUAAUAAAUAAUAAAUUAUUAUUAAGUUAUUAUAACUUCCAGAAUAGAUUAUUGUGUUGCAUGAUGAGGCCUCCUCUUUGAAAACAGUGUUGAAUAUUAAAUUCCUCGGCACAAGUUUAAAGAACUUUCAACAGUGUAAUGCGAGAAUUAUAUAAAUUAUCAGAAUGUCGUUUUGUUUGACUUAAUGUAUGGGUCUUUUCCCCCAUAGUACUUGGCAUUUACUUGUGGAUUAAUUAGAGGCGCUUUAUCAAACUUGGGAAUAAAGAGCAUCGUGACAGCCGAGGUUUCAACAAUGCCUGCAUGUAAGUACUCUUCUUCUUUGCAAAGUAUGUGUGCAAAUUGUCUUUCCCACUUAAUAUAAAGUUGGUGAGACAAAUGACCAAUUUUAGCAAUUAUGAGGUGGUUGCUCUUAAAAUAGCUUGUUGUAGCUAAGCUUGGCCAAUGAUAAUUUUGCAGUCUGAGGUGGAGGAUACGAUGGUACUUCCCAUCGCUCCCAAUCCAUUCCAGGAACUGUUUUCCCCCCUGCUUCAUCUGUGAGCAGCAGCCUAGUAUCGAAUAGGGAGGGUAGGACACAGGGCAAACACAAACCCUGCCUUCCACACCUCACUGUUGCCCCCUGCCCACCAGCAUCUGACUAAUGAUAAAGCCAGCCUUGGGUAUAGGUUGCAAAAACAUAUAGGGGGCUUAAAGGUAAAGGGACUCCUGACCAUUAGGUCCAGUCGUGGCCGACUAGGGUUGUGGCGCUCAUCUCGCUUUAUUGGCCGAGGGAGCCGGCGUACAGCUUCUGGGUCAUGUGGCCAGCAUGACUAAGCCGCUUCUGGUGAACCAGAGCAGCACACAGAAACGCCAUUUACCUUCCCGCCGGAGCAGUACCUAUUUAUCUACUUGCACUUUGACGUGCUUUUGAACUGCUAGGUUGGCAGGAGCAGGGACUGAGCAACGGGAGCUCACCCCGUCACGGGGAUUCGAACUGCUGACCUUUUGAUCGGCAAGUCCUAGGCUCUGUGGUUUAACCUACAGCGCCACCCGCAUCCCGUUUUAGGGGACUUAAGUGGGGGAAAUGUGUUGGGUGGUGGAUUUCUUAUGAAUUUCUAGCUAGAGACCUGCAUGCCUAACUGGAUACAGACUUCGCUCUAGAUUCAUGGGCUUUUUCAAGCCCUAACACACAGAUGUCACACUAAAUUGCUUGGUUUUUUCCUCUGUGUGUCAAGCCAAGCCGAGUGUGGCUGCAGUUCUGGAAAUACAAGAGUGGCUGAAGAGAGGCAUGCCAGAGGAGGCCUUGGAUCCAUCAGAUCCCACGCCAUCUCAUUCUUCCAACAAGGGAGAAAUAUUAUCCAAAUUAUGUGGAGUUACGGUAUUUUACCUCACAUUGAUUUUUUUGAAGAAGCAAAAUGGAGGAAAGGCAAAAAGCCACCAUGGCCAGCAUGAGCCCAGCAAGACUUUAGGAAGUGGCAGUUCUGUAGGAUUUCUCUGUAAGACUGUAAUUCUAAAUCCACUUACAGGGGAGCAAACCCCAUUGAACACAGUGGGAUUUACUUAUGAAGAAACAUGCAUAGGAUGUUGUAUCUUCAAACAUGUUGAAAUAAAUGGUGGUAGUAACUAGCUACUCAACCGGAGGCCCAUGGUGAAACAUGGAUAUCAGUUCUGUACCUACUUAAGUGAGAGUAAGGCUUACAGAACUGAAUAGGACAUCUGAGUAGAAACCUGAUUGCACUGGUAACGGUAAUUGGUUUUUUAAAAUAUGUCCGAACUGCCUCCUAAUACAGAAAGUUUGAGAGAUUUUUGUUAAAUCUAGCUAACAGGGUAGGGAACUGGAUCCAGCCAGUGGGCUGAAUCUCGAUUUUCGCCGCAAACCUACGGUUAACUUUCGGCAGGUUGGCAGAUGGUUACCCACCUGUCAGUCACCUGAUGUCACCAUGACAUCAGAUGGAGCAUUUUGCUUUGCCUGCAUGGUUUGAAGUCAAACCAUACAGGUGAAGGAAGUAUUUCCUUGACAGUGUUGCUGUACUGCUCAGCUGCUCUGCACUUACAGCUAGCUCUGUUUUGGGAUUGGCUGCAUUGGUGCUGACAGGAAGCCUCGCUUGUCAAAGAACAAUUGGGAGCACACAAUUGUGACCCCCCCCCAUGCUUUAUAUGUCUUGUGGACCAGAGGUUCCACACCCUUGACUUAUUGUUACUGGAGGAUAUAAUAAAGUACAUGUAACCAUACCACUUUUAACUACACGGAGUUGUUUCUUCUUGGUAAGAUGGAUGUUACAAUAACUUUCUUUCUUUACAGGCAAAUUUCAGGUGAUGAUACAGAAGAUAUAGCACAUGUACAGAACCAGCUUCCUGCCUUGUAAAAUGACAAAUAAAAUGUAUAUUUUAUUUAUAUCCGUAGUUUAUUGAAGCUGUCCUAUAUUGUAUAAAAUGCAAUAUAGUUUGAAACACAAAUUUUCAAGUAUGACCAAUAGCCAGAGUCUGCUGUAUAUCUUGCUUUUUUUUCUUUUUUGGUAGUCGCUAAGUUACUGUGUGUUUCAAGGAAGAUGAAGCUUACAAGUUUGUAAAGAUGGAAUGGAAACCUUGAUUAAAUUUCAAGCUCUAAUGUCUGGUUAGUUUUGCAGUACUUUGAUUUAGCAAUGCAAAAUUUGUUCCGAGCAUUGAUCUAGAGGUGGGUUUGACAAGAUCUUUGCAUAUAUAAUGGGGCACCCAGCUAUUAUCUGAACUGGGGCUAUAAUGUCUAAUAGAAUAAUUAGAAUGAUUAAUUAGAUGACAGACUUUUACAUUUGUUUUUAAUGCAAAUACUUCUAAAAACUGCAGAUGACGAGGCCAAUCUUUGAAAGGCAUUCUUUUCUAUUUUUAUAGGAGGGACUGCCUUUAAGAUAACAUACAUGUUAAAACAGGCCUAAACUAAAAGCAAAAAUUGCAACCAGACAAAAUUAGUCAUGGUUUAGUCCCAUCAGAUUCAUUGGGACAAGUUAGCCAUGCCUAAUAAGUCCCAUCAAGACUAAGCAUGACUACCUUAAGUCUGAAACUCUGAAUCCAACCCUUUGCAUGAUCAAAGCAUUUUCCCCCCAUCAGCAAUUUUAAAUUAAUAGCUUAAUGGGUGAAAACUCAUGAUUAAAUGACUGAAAUACCUUAGUCAGGUUGUAUCCCUCAUUUAACCGGCUUCCCCCUUCACAGCUUUUGAGAUACUAAAGAAAUAUUGCUGUAUGGAAUGGGGUUGAACUAGAAGAUGGUCUUCAGGCUCCCUGCCAGCUCUAGAAUUCUAUGGUUCUGACUUCAUUGUGUGCCUGCAAACACAUACAUAUAUUAUCUAUGCUAUACUACUUGGUUGGAAUAAAUUUAAGGUAUUGAAAGGUCUAGAUCCUACCUUUCCAAGCUGGCUCACCAAACAAAUAACAUGAUCAAAAUAUGUAAGUGAACAGGCCAAAACCAAGAAUAAUUAGCUAAGCGAAUUUAAAUGCCUACCUAAACAAAAAGGGUUUAAGUCCAGAUCCCGGCCUCUCUCAUGUUGCCCCAAGUGUAUCUUGGGUUAAAGGUGCGUUGAAACAUGCAAGGGGAGCCGCCCCCCAAUGACCUCAUGUGACCCACAAAAGUUGUCCCGGUGGGAAUGGAUUAUAUUGAAAGGGUUCCGUACUCCUCUUAUGGCUUUAAAGGUAGUGACCAGCACUUGGAAUUCAGCCUGGAAAUGUAUGUUCUCAAGGCCCAGCCCUGCUCAGCACUCUCCCUGCAACAUUUUGCACAAGCUGAAUUUCCAGAUGCUUUCAAAGGCAUGCCCAGGUAGAGCCCAUUACGGUACUUCAGUCUGGUGCUAAGAAGUAUGUGGCACCACGGCAGGACCUGGAGAGCACCAUGUUGGUUACUGCUGAUCUAUGUGUUAGCUGUGUGAGGAAAGGUCUUGGAGCACUUCUGAAUGAGUUGCAGUAAUUGCUUUCAAGGAUAGAAAGGCAUGAAUAACAACAGCUAGGUAUGAAGAGGAAGGCAAAUUUCUAAUGAACUUUCCACCAAAUAAAAUCUUGCUCAGCCUCUGACUUCAUAGGCAGUGACUGGCACACAUCAAGUUUGGAAAAAUAAAAUACAAGUAGAAUAUAUCU